AUGUUCCGCAUCGAGGGCCUGGGACCCAAGAUGGACCCAGAGGAGCUGAAGCGGAAGAUGCGCCGCGACGUUCUCACCUCUGUCCGUAACUUCCUCAUCUACGUCGCGCUGCUUCGGAUCACUCCUUUCAUCUUGAAGAAGCUGGACAGUAUAUGA